AUGCCAGAGAUUAUUUUUCUCCUCUUCUGUGUUCCGAAGCCGCAUAUAAAUAUUCGUGUUUCUCUUAUUUUGUCUUUACUGGUGGUUUCUGUAGAUAUGUUUCUUUCUUUUCCCACUUCCCAGCACGAAUAUGCGUGGGUCGUGUAUCAUGAACUGGUCAUGACAACAAAGGAGUACAUGCGUGAGGUCACAACGAUCGAUCCGCGCUGGCUGGUUGAAUAUGCGCCGAAGUUCUUCAAAUUCGGAGAUCCAACCAAACUAUCACGGGCGAAGAAGUCGAUGCGUGUGGAGCCGCUGUUUAACAAACACGAAGAAAAGGAUUCUUGGAGAAUUUCACGUGUGCCUCGGAAAUUCCACGUCAAAACUACCUUCUAG